GUCCCUCCCAGAAUCCUUCAGUUUGUAGCAAUAUGGCGGCGCCCGGUAGGCACAUAGGGCACUCUGUGCAGAGAAACGGACGAUUUCUUCUAUAUAACCUCGAGCAGCUGUUGGGCCACAGGGGCUUCGGUUGGACCUCAGCUCUACGACAGCAAGCUGCAGAAGCCAAUAAAGAAUCGACAGAGUCCGUUGUCAUCCCCAGGAAGAAAACAUGGAGCAGAGAGGCAGUGCUGGAGGCGCUGGCUUCAACUGUCAGCAGGGAUCCCACAGCAUAUCCCUACCAAUUCCAGGAUGAUCCUUACCUCUCCCCCAGGACUUCUACUGAGUUUAAGCUGUUCUCUCUCUCUCAGGAGUCCGGCAGAUCUGCAGCCAAAUACAUCGUCAACAACAACCCCAAACUCUUCACCAAAGACUUUGCAGAACCUCAUAUACCCUGUCUGAUGCCAGAGACUGUAUCCCUGCGUCUUGAGGAGGUGAGUGAGGAAGCACUGAAGGAAAGGAUCACCCUGAGGAAAGUUACAGCUGCUGUUGACAUGUAUGAUCAGUUACUGCAAGCUGGCACUACUGUCUCCAUGGAAACAACCCAUAGUCUGCUGGACCUUAUCUGUCUCUACAGCGACAGGGACCCCGUCCAGGAUGGGGAGCCACAGACAGACGAUGCAGAAUUUGGAGAGGAGCUGAAGAAAAGGAAAGCACGGGUCCGCCGAGCUUCAGACUUCCUGAAGUUCACCUGGAAAGAAAACAACAAUGCGGAGCGAAUCUUUAACCUGCUGCCAGAGCGGGAUACACGCUGUUACUCUGCUCUCAUCAGAGGCAUGGUCAAGCAUGGAGCCUAUGCAAAGGCAUUCAGCAUGUACACAGAUAUGCUUAACAACAGGCUGACAGCUGAUGUCCACAUCUUCAAUGCUCUGAUCUCAGCAGCUCCAGAUGUCCGAGACAAAUUUAAUGAGCGAUGGGACCUCGUUGCUGAGCUGUUGAACCAGAUGAAUCAGCAGAAAGUUCGUCCUGACCUGUUGACCUUCAACAGCGUCCUCAAAGCUCUGAGACGCUGCGGCUUCUUGGCCAAAACACAAGCUCUGCACACUCUGAAUGAGAUGAAGGCGCUGGGGAUAGCUCCCAGCCUGGCCUCCUACGACCACAUCCUGGCAGUCUUUUACAAAUCAGCCUCUUCUGCACAGAACAACACUGAUCUUCUUCAGGAGGUGAUAGCUGAGCUGGAGGGACGCAUCUUCACCUGCCAGGACCCUGACGAUGUUCUGUUCUUCUCCAGCGCAAUGAGAAUAUGUUUGGACAGUAAAGAUCUGGAGCUGGGAUAUAAAAUCCAGAGUUUGGUAGAUGUCGGGGAGAACUGGAGGCUGCUGGGAGACUCCUUCCAGCAGAGCAUUUACUAUGGUCGCUUCUUCAACCUGCUGUGCAUGAUGGAGCACAUUGAUGUGGUGCUGAAAUGGUACAAGCAGAUCAUUCCCUCGCUCUACUACCCCAACCCUCAGGGAAUGAGGGACCUGCUGCAGGCCCUGGACACGGACAGCCGUCUGGACUUGCUGCCUUCUAUAUGGAAAGACAUCAAGACUCUCGGGCACGAUAACAAACCCGAUCUGGUGGAGGAGCUGCUCAGCCUCAUGGCCAGAGAGAAACACAGUUCUGAGGUUCAGGAGUCCUUUGCAGCAUGUGCUCUGGAUGUAAAGAGUGUAUUUGAUUUGAGGCCCAGUAUAGAGUGGAGCGCCGCCUCCCUCUCACACAUCACCACACUGCUGCUGCGAGCUAACAAGACCCGACAGGCCUGGGAGAUGCUGCAGCUCUUCAAGUCCAGGAACAGAGUUCCUUCCGAGGGGCUCUUGAACAACUUCCUGUCAGUGUGCCACAGUGACGGUGACUCCCAGAAAGCAGUGCAGUUGGUGCAGCUGUCUGCAGCCUUCUGCCUGCCAACAACAUGGAGGCUAGCAAAGAGAGCACUGGCUGAGUUUGAGCUGACUGAAGAGCAAAGAGCUAUUUUAUCUGAGCUGGAGACUGCAGGAGAGCCGUCUGACUGACUGAGACAACACCGAGUGACCCAGUGUAGACUCGCAUCUUCUAAAUGCAUACAGAGUCUGUACUUUCCUGGAUUAUCUCUGGAUGUAAAAUAAAUACAAUGUGACCCUGUCCUUGUUUUUUUUAUUGUUUGGUCACUAGGUGGUGCUGUUUUACCUGAUUGUUUUCAGCUCUGCCUUUUAUGAAAAAUAGUUUCAUGCUCGCUCAAAACCAUUUUAAUAGUAG